AUGAUCCAAUUCUCUAGAAGUAGAAUCCAACACGAGCAAAAGAGUGUGAAAAAUCUGCUUACCCAAGGCCGAGUACUGAAAAGUUACCCAUCAAAGCUCCUCUUGACAACCCUACAAUGCUUUUUGAGCACCAUACAAUCAUUCUUUGUUGUCGUUGCUUUUGUAAGAGAUCCGAAUGAAUGGAAACUUGGAUGGAAUGUAAAACUCAUAUCAAUAGCCUAUUGUGGAAUAGUUGUGACUGGUAUUACAUUUUAUCUGCAAGCAUGGGUCAUCGAAAAGAGGGGUCCUGUCUACCUAGCCAUGGCCACUCCGUUGCUUCUGAUAUUUACGACUGUUGCAUCCACAUUCCUCUUUGGAGAGAUCAUUAGUCUUGGAAGUGUUUUGGGAGCACUUUUGUUAGUUGGAGGACUUUAUUGUGUGCUAUGGGGAAAGACUAAAGAGGAAGAAAGGGAGAAAGGAAUAUGUGCAGCAGUAGUUGAUGCUACGAAAGCCAAUGGAGGAUCAAAGGAAGAUACCGUGACGUAG